UCAAUUCAAACUCUUACUUGCGCGGUUCCAAUGCGCAUCUACAAGAAAGAAACAGUUUCGUUAGCAGCAUGAGCAGCCAGAGCUGCUAGAAUAGUCUUUAUGUUGUGUGUAGUACGUGAGCACGUGGUUUUUGUGAGGCAAGAUCUGUUGUAAUAAAAUUUGAUUUUAGAAAAAUGAAUAAAAGACAUUGCGCAGUAUGCAAGAAAAGUGGAACAAAAGAACUUUUUGCAUUUCCUUCAGAUCCUGAUCAAAAGCUGAGAUGGAAAACAAUACUGGGAUUUGAAAACAAAAUUAUUACUCUCAGCAGUUAUGUGUGCAUUCUCCAUUUCCAGGAAAAUUAUAUAGAUCGCACGGGAUCAUAUCCAAAGCUGAAAGACAAUGCCGUUCCAUAUAACGAAGAUGAGAAACCGAUAGCCGACGAGCGCAUAAGUUUCGAGCUGGAGCGUGCGUACUCGCAGCUCAACAAGCAACAGGCGGCAACGGAGAAGAUGCAAGAGGAGUUCGCGCGUAUGCAGCUCGAGAUGAUCGAAAACAUGUACGAGAAGCAUGAAGAAGUGAAGGAGGCGCAGAGCAAGGCGGAAUGGUUCUACACCGAGCACCAGAAGAGCCAGGAGCAACACGAGCUGGAGAUGGAGUGGCUAAGCAACCAUCUGAAGAAGGUGCAAGAGGAGCUUUAUAGCGCUCGUAAGGCCGAGCAGAAGAAGUGUGAGAGCGAGUUUAGUUAUAGGCUAUUGCAGGAGAUAGACAAGCUACGCAACUUACUGGAAGGCCGCGAAGCCGAGUUGAAGAGAAUGCAGUCGAAUUACGUCGAGGCGCAGCUUCAACUCGAGCAGGCGCGCGAUGAGACCGGCAAGGUUACGGCACAACAGGAAUGCAAUCGUUCGGAGAUCGAGCGUGCGCGGAUCGAAGCCGAGAAGAUGAGCGAUGAGCGCAAGGUAAUUAAACAUGUGGACAGAAUGGAUGCAGACGAAACAGGCGACAGUGCAUUAGAACGCGAGUUAAAAAAUAUUUCUCCCCAGCCUGAUAAUUUUGCUAAUUGCAUCAAGAAAGAUGAUGAUCUGCAAGCUAUCAACAAACAGUCAACAGCUCAGACUUCUUUCACUCAAAAGAAAAAGAAAACGAAAUUAGGGAACUUCUUGAUGAAAUUAAAUGAAUAUUCUAUUCCCUUCGCAGCAUCAUCUGUUAAUGAUCCAGUCUUGUCUGCUAUUGGAUAUGCUCUUAAUUCUGUACCCGAAGAAAAACAUCUUGAAUGCAUGGUGGAAUUACUUCAAGUUAUAACAUCAAAAUACAUUCAGCAUUAACAAAUUUUUGAAGUUUAUCACAUAUGAGCGUAUCUUAUUCAAUGAUAAUACAUCUUUCUUUUUAUUAAUACACAUAAUGUGUAAUAUAACGUAUAGUAUCAUUUCUACUGUGACAAUGUAUUCGUAUAACAAACUUAUAAAAGGUUGAGUAUGGUUUAUUUUGACUAAAGAUUAAUAAAAAUUAUACUUGAAAUGAAGAUUAAAAUUCAAAAUAUAUCAAUAACAAUAAGUACAUCUAAUUUAAGAAAUUUUUAUUUUUAUUUGAAAACUACUCUGACUGAGGUGUUAUUUUUUGCAAGAAAAUAAUUUGCUGGGAAAGGGGAAUAUACGGAGGUAUAUGCUCUUUAUAGCAUUAAUUAAUAUUAUUAUUUCGGCUUUAUGAUUAAUAAAAAAAUUUAAUUAUUAAAAAAA